AUGUCUUCAUCGAAAGAACAACUUAAUGUUGUUGAAACAAAACCAGAGCCAGAAUCAGAAUCAUCAUCAUCAACAACUACAUAUGGAUUAUAUAAUGAAUCUGAUGUUAUUGAUAAACCAUAUUUAUUAAAAUCACAAUUACUUUCAGAUUCAAUUCAAACAAUUGGAUUUGGUAAAUAUCAAAUUGGAUUAUUUUUUGUUGCUGGAUUUGGAUGGUUUACUGAUAAUGCAUUUCCAGUAUUAACAUCAUUAAUACUUCCAAGAUUAAAUGAAAUUAACGGAGUUCAUCCACCACAAUCAAAUAAAGGACCAUAUUUAAUAUUAGCACAAAAUUUAGGAUUACUUGUAGGUGCAUUAUUUUGGUCUUUAAGUUCUGAUAUAAUUGGUAGAAGAUGGGCAUUUAAUUUAACAUUUUUAAUAACUGGCAUAUGGUCAUUAAUUGGAGGAUCAAGUCCAAAUUUUGUUGCCCUUGCUUGUUUUGAAUCAUUUUGGAGUUUUGGAGUAGGUGGGAAUUUACCUGUUGAUUCAGCUAUUUUUCUUGAAUCAUUACCUGGAACUCAUCAAUAUUUAUUAAUUAUAAUGUCUAUUUGGUGGGCAUUAGGACAAAUUAUUGCAAAUUUGAUUUCAUGGGGAUUAAUUUCAAAUUUUUCAUGUGAUGUAAAUUCAGAAAUUUGUUAUAAGAAUGAUAAUAAAGGUUGGAGAUAUUUUUUAUUUACAAUGGGUGGAUUAACUUUAUUAAUGUUUAUUGCAAGAUUUUCAUUUAGAGUAUUUGAGUCACCAAGAUUUUAUUUAGCAAGAGGUAAUAAUAUUAAAGCAAUUGAAACAUUAGAAAAAAUUGCUAAAAUUAAUGGUAAACAAUGUCCAAUUACAAUAAAAGAUUUACAAGAUAUAGAUGAUCAAUUUGAAUCAGAUCUUGAUAAUAAUAAUAAUGAUGAUAAUGAUAAACAAUUUAAAAAUAGAUUAGUUUCAGAAAAACUUUCUCGUUAUGAUCUUUCUCAUAUUCGUCAAUGUUUUAUAUCUAAAAGAAUGACAAUUUCAACAAUCUUAGUUAUUUUAAUGUGGGGAGUUAUUGGAUUAGCAUUUCCAUUAUAUAAUGCUUUUAUUCCAAGUUAUUUAGAAUCAAGAGGAAAUGCAAAUAAACCAUUAAGUGUUCAUGAAACUUAUAGAAAUACUUUAAUUAUUUCAGUUUUAGGAAUUCCUGGUUCUUUAAUUGGGGCAUUAUUAGUUGAAUUAAAAAUUGGUAGAAGAGGUACUUUAUUUUUAUCUUUAAUUUUAACUGGUAUAUUUUUAUUUGCUUCAACAACUUCAAAAUCUUCAAAUACUUAUCUUGCAUGGAAUUGUAUGUUUUCAUUUUCUUCAACUACAAUGUAUGCUGUAUUAUAUGCUUAUACUCCUGAAAUUUUUUAUUCUCAAAUUAGAGGAACUGCUGUUGGGUUAGCAGCUUCUGCAAAUAGAAUAAUGGGGGUUUUCUCUCCAAUAAUUGCAAUUUAUGCUGAUACUACUACUUCUGCACCAAUAUUUGUAUCAGGAGCAUUGUUUUUAUUUGCCGGUGUUUUAAGUUUAUUAUUACCGUUUGAACCUCAAGGUAAAGCAAGUUAUUAA